UUUAGUUAAUAACAAUAAAAUAUAUAAACUUUUAGUAAAUUAAUAACAAUAAAAUGUCAAAAUCAAUCUUUGAAAAUGUAGAUCUCGCUCCACCAGACAAGAUAUUAGGUCUAGUGGCUGACUUUAAAGCUGAUCCUCAUCCUAACAAAGUUAGUCUUAUCGUUGGAGCUUAUCGAACUGAAGAGGGUGCUCCAUAUGUACUUCCAGUUGUUCAAAAAGUAGAAAAAGAAAUAGCAGAUAAUAAAACUUUAAAUCAUGAGUAUUUACCUAUUGGUGGAAUGCCUGAGCUUUGCCGAGCAGCUGUGAAGCUAGCUCUUGGUGAUGAAAGCUCUAUUAUAACUGAAAAUCGAAUAGCUGCUGUGCAAUCGUUAUCAGGAACUGGAGCUUUGCGGUUAGCAUUUGAUUUUUUAUUUCAGCAUUAUGAUAACCACACAGUGUUUAUUCCAAAACCCACAUGGGAAAAUCAUAGAGAAAUACUUAAAUUUGUUGGGUAUACAGAUAUUCAUGAAUACAAGUACUUCUGUUCUGAGACUAAAGGAUUAGAUUUAAAUGGUUUUACGAAUGAUUUAAAAUCUGCUCCUCCAGGAUCAGUUAUUUUAUUACACGCUUGUGCUCAAAAUCCAUGUGGUGUUGAUCUUACACAAGAGGAAUGGAAGUUAGCAGCUGACAUAGUUCAAGAAAAUAACCUUGUUGUUGUUUUUGAUAUGGCUUAUCAGGGGUUUGUAUCAGGUUGUCCUGAUACAGAUGCAUGGGCCGUUCGUUAUUUUGUUAGUCGUGGAUUAGAAGUUUUUAUAUGUCAGUCAUUUGCAAAAAAUUUUGGAUUGUACAAUGAACGCUGUGGAAAUUUAGCAGUUGUUUGCAAAAAUAGCACUAUUGCAAUGCACGUUGAAAGCCAUCUUCUUAAGAUUAUUAGAGCUAUGUAUUCUAAUCCACCAAAUCAUGGUGCAAAAGUUGUUGCAACUAUUCUUAAUAAUCCAGUGCUAAAAAGGGAAUGGUUGGAUCAACUAAAAUCAAUGACCAACAGAAUUCUAUCAUGCAGACAACUUCUUUUUCAAAAAUUAAAGGAACUAGAAGUGCCUGGAGACUGGUCACAUGUCAUUCAACAGUGUGGAAUGUUUACUUACACGGGUUUAAAGCCAGAUCAAGUUUCUUUGUUAAGAGAACAAUAUCACAUUCAUAUGCUUGCUUCGGGUCGAAUUAAUGUUUGUUCAAUUAACGAAUCUAAUCUAAAUUAUGUUGUAGCUGCUUUUAAAGAUGUUAUUAUAAACACUUCAGGCUCAAAGCUCUAAAAACAUUUGAAUGAGCUCUCAAAAUUUAAAUAACAUCUAUUUUCAAUUCAAAAUAAAUGUUUCUCUUGUUUUUUGCCAUUUAUUUUCCUAUAAUAUUUUUUCUUUUUAUUUAAUCUUAUUAUUUAUUUUUAUUCCUUUUCUUCUCUUUUUUACUGAUUUUUUCUUUCUUGCUCUUUUUUUUUUUAAUCUUAAUUGAAUAAAGUUACUUUUUUGUUUAAACUUUUUUUUUUUUUUUAAAUUUAAUUUUUCAUAGAAGUUUAUGUUAAGAUCCUGAUUUUAAUAACUUAAUCUUUCUUCUAAUAUUUGGUUUUAACAGUUAUAAAUAUUUAUCAGAUAUUUAUUAUUGUAUUAUUUUAUUUAACAUAUGCAUAUUUAACAUAAUACACAACAUGGUUUAUUUAGGUUUGCUUACUGAUAGUGUUAAUGCAUUUUAUUAAGUAAAUACACAAAGGUAUAAUGCAA